UCCAAUAUUAAAAACACUAACAUUUCUUCACAUAUUUUACAAAUCCCUGCCAGAUUUCCCCAUGGAUUCUAAUAAUGGCAACUGUAGAGGCGCCGGCAUCGAGCGCUGCAAAUGCAAGCCUAUAAAAGCUACCCAGAAGACCUAUCUACGCAACAAUUACAACUACGUCAUUCGGGCUAAAGUGAAGGAGGUGAAGACUAAGUGUCACGACGUCACCGCGGUAGUGGAAGUAAAGGAGAUCCUAAAAUCCUCCCUGGUGAACAUCCCAAAGGACACUGUAAACCUUCACGCGAACUCCGGCUGCCUGUGCCCACCGCUCAGCGCCAACGAAGAGUACAUCAUUAUGGGCUACGAAGACGAGGAGCGCUCCAGGUUACUCUUGGUGGAAGGCUCCAUAGCCGAGAAAUGGAAGGAUCGUCUCGGUAAAAAAGUAAAGCGCUGGGAUCAGAAACUCCGCCACCUUGGGAAGGGGAAGGGAGAGCCCGGACACAGCGACUCGGCUCCGAAGCCCGGCAAACCCAGCGGUGCCCGGCAAGCACGUAGUUAGAUGCGGGACGCCACGUGUUGACUUGCAGUGGACUAUCUACCAAGACUUCAUUGUUGGAGCAGCAAAGGAGAAAUUGCACUAUUGCACGUUAUAUUCUAUUGUUUACUACAAAAUAAUGUUUUAGCUUAUAUUAGUUUUUAUUCUCCCUCUUGUUUUUUCUGCCUUUUUUUUU